AUGCAAAAACGAACAUUUUCACCAUAUUCUACUUUUUUAUUUCCGCAAAGACAGAGAAAGCGGCUGAGGUUCAGAAAAGAGAAAUGUGAAGUUUAUGGUAUUGAUUACUUAAUAGAACGCAUAAGUCAGAAAUGGCUUUUAAAAUUCCUCUCUGGAGAUUUUUCACUCAAGGAUGAACAAUGUUCUGGUUCAUCGACAAAAGUUGAUGACCGAAUCAAAGCCAUAAUUGAAACUGCUUGUCAUAUAACUGUACGAGAGAUUGCAGAAAGGUUAAAUUUAUCACACACAAUUGAAAAUUACUUAAAAUGCCUUGGAUUCGUUAAGAAGUUCGAUAUUUACGCUCCGCAUAAAUUGAAGGCGAUUCACUUUACACAACACAUCAACAUUUGCGAUAUGCAUCUCUUACGCAAUGAAAUCGACCUUUUUUGA